AUGGUGUUCUUCACAGAAGUGGACAUGCCCACAUCAGAUAGAGUGGACUCGCGACUGGGCACAGAUGAAGUUGGUGGUGAGCUGCACCCUGAAGAACCGCAACAGUUAGCAGAUCUGAAGGCAAACGUCGCACGCAGGUGUCCUGAGCUGAUUAAGGUUCACAGGGUUCCCUAUGAGAUAGGACCUGCGUCUAUCCGGCACAAGCCCUGGCCCAAGUAUUUGAAGGAUUUCUGUGACCAAUUCAUCGCUGCCACCAACCAUCACGUGCUCAGGAGCCUGCGAUCCCAAGAACAAAACCUUGGGAAGCCGCCUGAGCUGAUUUGGGAGCUCACACAUCACAUGGCCCUUGGUCAAAAACACAGCCAGGCUUUCUGCUGGCAGCAGAAUCUGCUGGGUCACAUUUGCCAGCGCAUUAAACAGAACCACCAUCGAGCCCAUUCCCCACUUGUCAUCUAUGGCCCCUCCGGAUGUGGCAAAACAGCCCUCUUGUACCAUUUAGGUGAAGCCAUACAAACCACCCUGGAUCAGGAAACGGUGGUGAUACUUCGUUUGCUGGGAACUUCGCAGGAUAGUUCCACACGGAACAGCCUUCUCCACAGCCUCUGCCAACAGGUUUGCUUAGCCAUGGGCUUCCCUUACACCAAGCCAGUUGGCAAUCCAGUCCUGCUCUUCCACCGCCUGCUUUCUUCAGCUUCUUGCCAGGGCACACGGUCCCUCGUCCUGCUCCUUGAUUCGAUGGAGCAGCUACGCACCCCUAGAAAUGCUCGGAGAGCUUUCUGGUUGCCAAAAACCUGCCCUCCAAAGACACACCUGAUUCUUACUGUGCUGCAGAAGGAAAGCGAAGUCCUGCAGAAGAUGACUGGGGCUCCAGAGGAUUACUUUGAGAUGGGGCCUCUUUCUCAAGAGCAAGUGGCGGUGAUUCUCUCCAAAGCUUUGGCAUCCGCAGGGCGCACGCUGAGGCCUGCCCAGCAGGAGUUGUUCCUGCAAAGCUUUGCAAAGGGUGGCUAUGCUCUGCCAGUAGCCCUGGCCAUAAGACAAGCCCAGCGUUGGCCUUCCUACGCUCAACUUGCAGCACCAGCCGUAUCGUCUACAGUCUCAGAGUUUGUGCAUCGCUUGUGUGACCACCUGGAAGCGGCGCAUGGCCCUGUCUUAGUAGCACAUGUAUUUGGCUAUCUUGCCUGUGCCCGACAUGGGCUCUCAGAAGCAGAGCAAAAGGAUAUCUUGUCCCUUGACAAUGAGGUUCUCGCUGAGAUUUAUCGGCUUCAUCCUCCUCCAAGCAAGGCGAUCCUCCGCUUUCCACCCCUGCUGUGGGCUCAGUUAUACCAGGAUUUGGCUCAGUGGCUGGAGGACCGGUGGGUGGAUGGCUUUGUGCUGAUGGGUUUUGCCCACAGGGAGUUGGCUGAUGCUGUGGAGCAACGCUACCUGUCCAUGCCAGAAGAAAGGAUCAAGCGUCACCUGCUCCUGGCAGAUUAUUUCAGGGGAACAUGGAGCUGGGGCAUGAAGAAACCCAUCCAGCUGCCAUCCUCCAACAAGCCUGUGAGCUUUGAUAGGAAGGUGAUUCCUCAGCCGCUUUGGUUCUCCAGUACCCUUGCAAACCAGAGGAAAUUGAGCGAGCUGCCUUUCCAUUUGCUACAGGCAGGUCUGUUUGAGGAGUUGCAAAGAGAUAUUUUGGGGAACAUGAACUGGAUCAUCUGCAAAGUGACUUCCGCUGGCAUAGAGAGCUUGACUGCUGACUUUGCCAUGUGCCUUGCCCAGAUCAACUGCCCAGAGCUGCAUCUCCUGCAAGAGACUUUCCUGCUUCUGCAUCCUCUUGUGGAUAGCACACAGAUCCAUGGAGGUCUUCCUUGCUCUGGUUACUUUUUUGAUGUUCUCAUGAAAUUCAAUGGUGAAAAGAGCACUUCAGUGCUGGAAUUCAACCUUGACCAAAAAUUGCUUCUGGCUGGUUCUGUGGAUGGUUCUAUGAUCAUAUGGGACAUGGAAGAUUUUACUGUGCAACAGGUCCUAACGGGACACUCUGAAACCGAGCAGCGUUUUGCUCAAAGACAAAGUCUAAAAACAAAAAGACCAUCCUUGUUCCGCAAACUUCCAGGAUGA